CUUGUGAGAGAACCGUUCCGAAUGCGAACCAAAUGAUUGCUCGACGAGAGAACCAGCGACGAGCAGAAAACGCACAGCGAUGCGUACAAUCAAGCUCGUCGUCAUUGGCACUUCAGGCGUAGGCAAGACCUCUCUCCGUGGUCAGUACAUAUCGGGUCGUUUCUCCACUGGCUACCGCGCAACCAUAGGCGCAGAUUUCAUCACGAAAUCCCUUCCUGACCCCAAGAACCCAACCGAAAUCAUUUCCCUUCAAAUUUGGGAUACUGCGGGUCAAGAGCGCUUCUCCUCUCUCUCAUCCGCGUUCUUCCGUGGCGCAGAUGCAGUGCUACUCAUGUUUGACGUCAGCGCACCUGAAACUAUGCACGCGCUGACCAAAUGGUGGGCAGAGUUCAAACAGCGAGUUCCUAUCAGCGACGAGGAGGUCGAUAGCUUCUGCUGCGUCAUUGUCGGCAACAAGAUGGAUCUUAUGCAGCCAGGGAUUGGGGUCACUGUGGAGGAGGCCCAAAAGUUCGUACAAGAACUUGUGCCCCUCUCAGCACCCGAACCACCACAACCUGCAGAGCGUGUGGCGGAAGAAAUCAUAGUAGAAGACCCCAUUGCAGUGGACGAUGAAGGCACCAUUGACGAACACGAACCUGAUACCGAUCCGUCCCUUCUUGCACCUUCUGCCCGAAUAGAUAUCCAGAACCGUCGCAAACUAUCAAAGUCGCGCUCCCGUUCAAGCACGCGACCUGCCAGUGCGGCCCUGUACGGCACUUUCCGCUCUGGACUCACUUCCUUUCACACCCCUUCCUCCUCCGUCUCCGACAUCUACGCAUCCGCACGCUCCUCCCCACUUCCAGGGUCCCUACCGGAGUCUCCACCAACAGUCAGGAGAAUGACCAGUCUAUCCAGCACGACGACGACAUCUUCCUCGUCAGCGGCCACUAUUACGCCGAGUCUGUUCAUGAAAGAACAACGUGCGGCUAAGCCGCCAACCCCACCACUGCCAGACGUUCCUGAUACUCCUGGAUUCUGUCUUCUAGAACCGCCAGAGUCAGGUCCGAAGCUUUUCUUUACCUCCGCAAAGACUGGGUCAGGGGUUAGCGAAGCAUUCGAGUAUAUCGCGCUGCGCGUAGUAAAGAAAUGGGAGUAUGAAGAGGCUGUGGAAGCGAGGACGUUCCACAUAAGAGAUUCAAGUGAUGGUGACACGGUGCGACUGGGGCUAGAGGAUGGCGGGAGGAAAUGGAACGCGUCAGGAGUUUGCUGUGGGCGAUAGUCGAGCAUAAGAAUCCGCUCGAAGUAUUUAUUGGUAUUUCCUUUAUUUCGGUCUUCCAUGUUCGUUCACGUUGACCGAUACCCAUUAGCUUAACCAGAUAUUUUAUCUGGAAUUUAUUGUGGACUCCUCGGGUUGAGUGAUUUGGGAGGGCAGUGUCAUGUUUCAGGUUGCAAUGGCCGCCUGGUAAAGAUAUUCUUAGACAUGGAUUUCAUCACUGUACUUUUGCACAUUUUGGAUGUCUCAGCAGAGCAAUUAUGUGUGCGGUCGACGUCGUGAGGCUGUCGACACGAAGGGAACAUACCUACUCGCCGGA